ACGGUCCAUCUUUCAACGGGCCAAUGUGAUAUGGGAUAUCUCAUCAACUUUGUGUGUCAUGGUGAUUCUGUACAAAUGCUAUACAACAGACACCGAACGCUUGAUGCUCUUGAACAUAUCCCAGGCUAACGCGUGAAAAAAAGUAAAUAAAGCGCCGUCAGUGAUGUCAGUGUCUUCUCUUCCCGCCUGAAACAGAAACGGAGGUAGAAGAGCUAUCGACUAGUUAGCUACAUAAAUUGAACAAUGGAUGACCUUUACUUGGAUAAUAUUGAUGAAUUUGUCAACGACCAGAAUAAAAUCGUGACCUACAAAUGGCUGAGUCUCACACUUGGGGUCCAUGUCAACCUAGCCAAACAAAUGCUCUACCAUUACUUGGAUCAGAAGAGGAAAGAAAGCUCUGCUCCGCUCCAUGCCACCUACCUUGUGUCUGGCAAGUUUGUCGAGAAUGGCACCAUGGUCUUUUCAAUGCUUUCUUUUCAGAGUCACAGGGUGUCAGUAGUGCGAGAGGAUCAGCUGGAGGAUGUGAAGGCGAAGAUGAGCCUGACGGUCAGUGUACACGUGUACAGUGUUCAGAAGGCUGUACUGAAAGACAGUGGUCCUCUGUACAGUGCUGAUUAUGAUGCUGUGAAAGAGAAUCUAAGAAACUGCAGCAGGUACAGUGCAAUUCGUUGUGCCGAUGCAGUGCCUAUAUCCUUGGCAGAGGUGCAGCAGGCCUGUGAGACGACACCGGCCCCACCACCAGAGAGGGAGCAAUCCAAAGCAAACCUUUCUAAUCUGGCCUCUAAACCCACCUCCAAGCAGCCGAAAGGCAUUAUGGGAAUGUUUGCAAACAAGAAUGUCUCCAAGAAUCAAGAUUCAAGCAAAGAGAUUAAAUUGGAGCAGAAAGAGGUUGCACCUGUGGUUGAGACCUCCAAAACUAAACCAGCUGCCAAGACAACUCCUAUGAGUAACUUCUUUGGGAAACAAGCAGCCAAAAAACCUGACAAAUCCAUCAAGGAAGAGGUAGAAAUAGCCCAGACAUCCUCCUCAGUGGAUGAGAAGCCCUCAAGCCCACCCCCUAAAGCAGAGACUCCUGCAAAGGAUGCAGUGGUUGAGAAAUAUAUUAGAAGUAGUAAGACCAAGCGUCUUGAACAUUCUGAUGGUGAAGAGGAGAAGAAUGCGAGUCAGAAGAAGAAGAAGAGACGGAGGAUAAAGAAACCCCAGCCAGACAGUAGUGAUGAUGACGUUAUUCCAGAUUCUCCUCCACAGUUACAAGAACAGAGGGACCCAUCACCAAGUCCUGAGAUUCAAGUAAAGAAAGAACCAGUUGCUGUUUCACGUUCAGAUCUUUCAGAUUGUAAGCGAAGGAAGAGGAGACGUGUCUUGAAAUCUCGCACGUUUGUGGAUGACGAAGGAUGCAUUGUGACCGAGAAAGCCUAUGAGAGUGAAUCCUACUCUGAGACUGAGGACGACUUUAAGGUCAGUAAACCAACUCCGAAGAAUCCAACCCCACCAAAACCAUCAACUGGCAAGAAAGAGGAGGAGAAAAGUAAGAAAGCUGCUGCAGCCUGUAAUAAAUCAACUAAGCAGGCUUCUAUUAUGGGAUUCUUCCAAAAGAAAUGAUAGACAUACUCAUACUGUUGUACUGAACACUGAUAAGGAGCUUGAGGCCCAAGUGGAGAGAAUCUAGACAGACACAUUUUCAAAUGUGGCGGAGGAUGGAUGGAUGGAUGGAUGGAUGCAGAUACAUCACUUGGCAACAUUUGGUGGAAUGCUGUACUACUUUUUUUUUUUUUUUUUAUCACACUUUUGAAUCAAUUUCCACAUUACUGUAUAUGAUAAAAUGCAUUGUAAAAUACCAUCAUAGCUAAUUUAUCAUUGCAGCAUUUAUUUUGGAGUUUUAAAUUUGGUUACAAUUCUGCAAGAGUUGAAGAGUUCAUACUGUGGUGAACCAGUACAGAUUCUGAACUGCAGCAGUGUGGCACGCUCUUACCUGCCUCAUGAAACAGUGAUUUCCCUUGUUUUCUUUUUUUAUUGUCUCAUGCUAUUAUUGCUGGUAGAAAAUGUACUUCAAUGUUCAUUAAAUAUAUUUUCAUA